AUGGCAGGGUAUGGCUGUCUGGGGCUGGGGCUGUUCUGCUGGGUCCUGCUUGCUGUCCCUGUGGGCUCCCAGCCUGCCUCCUCUGUCCCAGGUGCCCAUGUCACCACUUUGGCCCCGCCACCUCAGAGUGAGGCCUCUAUGCUGUCUCUCAACCUGGGACUUAACUUCAAAUUCCACCUUCGGGGACCUGCUGCUGCUUGGGGGAGCUCUGUCACAGAGACCCAGGCACUUUCUCCUGGGCCAAGCCGGGAGCCGGAGGAGGAGGUGGCUGGUGGGCUGAGGACUGACCCCCUUUGGGAACUACUGGUAGGCUCUCUCGGGAACUCCCCCCCAGAGCGGGGCUCUGCUGAAGGCAGCUCUACUCCCUGGGCCUCCUCCUGGCCUCUGGAGUCCACAUCCCUCCUCGCUGGGCCCACUGACCGGCCCACUGCUCCCUACCAGCCCAGGAUGGGCACCGUGACCUGGGAUACUGCUCUGACGGCUACAGCACCUCCAUCCAGUGCUCCCAGGCUCCACCAGAGCGAGCUGGAGCUGAAGUUUGACAUGGCGCUGAGAGCAGGCGUAGCCCCAACGCUUGGACAUCGAACACUGCCCCUGCUGCCCAGCCUGCGGGCCAGCCUGGCAGAGAUUGCUGGGCGCCUGGGACCCUUUGGGUUCUUUGGCACUACUGUGUCCCCACUCCGGAACUUAUCAGGCCCGAGCCCCCCGGGCCCAGUUACAUCCCCAAGCUCUGCCUCUGGAAUUUCGGAUUCUCCAGGGUUCUUUGGCACCACUCUAUCCCCGCCCCCAUCCCCCCAGGAGAAAAAACUCCCAAGUCCAAGGCCACUGGACCCAGCUGCUUCCCUGAGCUCUGCCUUGAUUGCAACAGCAUCACUAGACUCCACCACCUCCACCUCUGGCCUGGAUGACCCCUCUCCCGCCAGCCUUGGGAACCUUUCAGUGCAGCCAGAAUGUGGGCCAGGAUCCUGCAGUAUCAGAGAACUGCCUGAACGCGAAGCGCAGCCUCCUGCGGCCCCACUGCCCCUUUUCUUCCUGACCCUGGAGGCCGACUGGACAGAGGCCAAGGCUCGCUGGGGUUUGGCCUGGGAGGCCCAUGUGUACGGGGUAGGCGCACUCUUCGGCCUGGUGGCCCUGCUGGCGCUGCUGGCUCUAGCCCUGUUGCCCUGGCGCUGCCCGCCCGGCGCCCCCUGCCUGGCGCUGCUGGACCUGCUCCUGCUCUCCGCCGGGACCACCCGGGCCUUCCCGCUCUUCUACGACGCCUACGGGCACCGCGACCGGUUGCCGGCGCUGGCCUGGCUGCUGCUGCAGGACCUCCCGCUGCCCUGCCUGGCCGCCGGCCUGGGCCUGGCCUGCCUGCUUCUGGCCCGGCCGCGCCCGCCGCGCUGUCCAGCCGCCCUGGCCGCGCUGCUGCUCCUGGGGCUGGGGCUGGCGGCCGCCGCCGCCCUCGGGAGCGCCGCCCAUCGCCCGCUGCGGGCCCUGCGGCUCGCCUCCCGCGGGCUGCACGCCUUCCUCGCCGCCCUCCUUUCCGGGCUCCUGCUGGCGCUGUCCUGCUGGGGGGGUCGGCGGCGGCGGGCCGGAGCGCCCCUGGGAGCGUCCGGCUUCAAGGGCGCCACUCCUUUCCCGCAGGCGCGCAGCCCCUUCGGCCCGCUCGAGUCCUGGCGGCGCGCGGCGCGCACGGCCCCGGUGGCGGGCACCUUCGGGCUGCUGAGCGGAGCCCUGCAGGGCUACGAGGUGCUGCACGCCCUGGGCUACGGCGGCCAACCUGGCCUGGAGGGGCCCUGGCCCUGGUGGGCCUUCCAGCUCGGCCUGCGCCUGGGCGAGGUGGGCGUCGCGCUCCCGUUGGCGCUGCUGGGCCUCUACCCGGCGCUCUGCAGCCCCCGCGUGCCGCCGCGCUGCUGGGCCAAGCUCUUCCGCUUGUCCCCCGGCCACGCCGCCCCUCUGCUGCCCGGAGGCUGGGUCGCCGGGCCCCCGGACAAGAAGCCCCUGGGGAGCGCCAUCGCGCGUGGCGACGCGGAGCUGCUGCAGCUGUGCGCCCUGGCAGGGCCGGGUCCCGACCUCCUACUCCAGGGAGGAGGCUGCCGGGGCUUCGACGGCGCGGCCGCCAACCCGGCCCCUUCCCCGGCCUCCUCCCCCUGCAGCGAUUACACCGUGGACUUCCGCCCGCCCUCCCCCAUCAACCUGCGGCGCAGCAUCGAGGAGGCCCUCUGCAGCGAAGCCCUGCUGAAGCCCGGCCUCUUCCAGGGCCCGGCCUUCGGGGAAGCCCUGCCGGGGAUCGGCCUCUACCGCACCGCCUCGCUGGGGGCGCAGACCGGGGCCGGGCCCACUGGGAGGUGUGGGGAGGCCCCUGGUUCCCCCGCGCCCCCCGAGCGCCCCUCUCCCGGGGCCUGGCCCGCGGGCAGCAGCGCCUCAUCCGGCUCGCUGUGCGGACUGUCGCGGGACAGCUCGUCCAUGCUGCUGUGCUCCAGCCCGGACAGGCCCCCUCGCUGUCCGCUGGUCUGCGUCCUCAGUCCCCCGCGGCCCUCAGGAAGCAGCCCUAGCCUCCCGGCCUCAGGAUCCUACCAGGCCCUGUCCCCACCCUCCCGCGACUCCCCAGAGCCUACUCCUGAGCUGCAGGCCGAAGAGGCCUUGCUGCAGGAGCAAUUCCUGGACGCCUGCCGACAGAUUGACGAGCUGAGCAUGGGCAGCGACACCAUAGACCUGUGA